CCCUCCCCUCCCCUCCCCCGCCAGCGGGGCUUGCUCUUUUUUUUCUUCUUUUCUUUCUUUCUAUUUUUUUUUUCCCACAUUGACGCGGCCGGUGGGAGGGAGCCUGCCCGUCGGACGGCCCGGGCGCGCCGAUGGGGCCGGGGGUGGCGGCAGCCCCGCAGCGCCCGCGGGGCACCGGGACCUCGUCGCGGAGCCUCCAGCCGGGGAGAAGCCGCAGCGGAGCGGCGGAGCGCGGCGGGCCAGCCGCGGGCAAUAAGGCAGCGCUCGGGCCCCGAGGAAGGAAGAGGGAAGGGACAGUUAUUGCCGCGGUCUCCCCCGGGCCCUCUGCCACUUCCCAUUAAGCAUGGACGCGCAGUCCCUGGACGCGGCGGUGCAGGGCGCCCUCCGUGCGCUCUACCCGCCCUUCGAAGCCACGGCCCCGACGGUGCUGGGCCAGGUCUUCCGCCUGCUGGAGACCAGCUACCGUGGGGACGGGCUCUGCUGCCUGCUCGAGUUCCUCAUCCCAGCCAAGCGCCUCUUCGAGCACGUGCGGCAGGCGGCCUGUGCUCCCUACUUUAACUGCAUCUUUCUCCAUGAAGGCUGGCCCUUGUGUCUGCACGAGAAAGUGGUCGUCCACCUCGCGCCGCUCAACCCCCUCCUGCUGCGCUCCGGGGACUUCUACCUGCAAGCGGAGCCGUGCGAGGAGCACUCGGCGCGCAUCACCGUCAAGCACCUCUCGCAGGACCUGCGCAGCGUGGAGGAGACGCCCAUCCCCGAGGCCACCUACGCGCUGCUCUUCACCAACGAGUGGCUGGAGGAAAUUAAUUGCGACCAUGCCGGCCCCCCCCUGCACACCUGCCUGGUGGCCACUGAGAAUGGCAUCGCCCCGCUGCCGUGGAGCAAGAUCGCCACGCCAGAGUUCAUUGACAAGCCCAAGGCUGGACCCGACACCGUGCCCACGGGUGCCCCGGGCAGCCCCGCUCCUGAGCCGGCAGCAGCGAUAACACCCGCUCCCCACAGCACGGCAAGCACCGCCGAGCCCUACAGCAACGUCACGGGCACCUUCCCAGGCUGCAAGGAUGCCUCCUGGAAGUCAAACCAGGGGAGAUAUCCGGGGCUGAUCAAGGUGGACCAGGCCGGUUCGCAGCAGACGCCGGCCGUGCUGGCUGUGCCCAGCCUGCAGGAGAUCGUCAGCCAGAACCUGGAGGGGGAGUACGUGGACCUGCUGGACCUCUCCCAGGAGAAGCUGGACCUCCUGGCCAGGUCCCUGCCUCCCGCCCGCCCGGUGGGGCAGGGGGCUGCGGCGGUGCUGCCCUGGGCGAGCGGGGGCCCAAGGGUGGGCUCCUGGCCCCGUGGUGGGGGGCCGAGCUCGCAGGAGGGUCCCUGCAGCCCGUGCCAGAAGAGGAGGCUGAGUGGGGAGCCGGGGCCACACGGCCCACGGUGCCGCCACCGCGACUCCUACCUGGCCGCCCUGCAGAACCCGGUGAGCUUCGGCUCCGGGCUGAUGGCAGCCAUCCUGGAGGAGCCGGACGGCCCCGUGCCCCCCGCUACCCCAUGUAAGACCCCCGCACCGAGUGGCAGCAGGGAUGGCCACCCCAGCAGCCCCCCACUGCUCGCCCACUGCCCCCGCGGGGACAGGCCAGGGGUGACAGGGGGGGAUGCAGCAGGGCCGGGAAGCCCCCGGCUCCCCCCGACCCCUGCUCGCUCAGAGGCAGCUGGCUCUGGCCACAAGUUCUCCUUCCUGAAGGGCCCACGGCUGGGGACAGCACCCGGGGAAGGCUCCGCCAGCCAGCACGAAGGGGGCUGGAAGAAGGUGUCAGCCAUUUACUCGCCCAGGAUGGGCAGAGCCAAGGCAGCCGGGAAAGGGACGGACGCAGCGGCUGCAGCCCCCACGGAGGACCGGUCCCUGCAGAGCACGGGCAGCCAGAACGGCCCCUCGGCACCCCGGAGCCGGCAGCCCCCAGCAUGGCAGGAGCUGCACGCCGGGCUCCUGCGCUCCGGCAUCGUCUGCCUGCCAGGUGGCACGGACAAGCUGGGCAGGGCCCUCCUGCAGGUGACCACCAGCGGCAGCGCCUGGGGGGCCGCCUGGUGCUCUGCGGCUGAGCUGGCAAAGCUCUUCCUCUGCCUCUGCUCCCUCCCCAGGAAGGAUGCGAAGGACAGUGGGCUGACGGCCGUGGUGGACGCCAGGCGGCAGCCCCCCGCCCCGGCUCUGUUCUCUGCUCUCCGCUCCGUCCAGAGCGUCUCGCCAGGCUGCAUCCACAGCGUGCUGCUGCUGGCCGACAAGGAGCUGGGCGCCCACCGCGAGAGGCUGCCGGGUGUGCAGCUGGAGACCCUGACGUCGCUGAAGGCCCUGGGCCGCUACGUCGACGGCUCCCAGGUGACAGCAGAGCUGGACGGCACCUUCCCCUACUGCCACGGCGAGUGGGUUCAGUUCUUCCAGAAGCUGCAUCCCUUCGCGGCCAGCCUCAGGCGGGCGUCGGAGCUGCUGCAGAGCUGCAUCCAGGAGCUGCGGAGCGCCGACGGCCUGGCGGGGACGCAGGAUGCAGCCGCGUGCAUCGGGCGGCACCAGGAGCUGAUGCGCAGGGUGCUGAGCGACCCGCAGCUGGUCCGCCUGCAGCGCGAGGGGGGGGCCGUGCUGGCGCGGCUGCGGAGGGAGGCCGCCCGGCUCAGCACCUCGCCCCACGUCAGGGCCAGCAUGGAGGCAGCCGAGGGGCUGUACAACCAGCUGGAGGAGGAGGUUCACGACCUGGUGUCGCAGUCCAACAGCUGCCUGGAGCGCCUGGAGUUCCUCCGAAAGGUCCGGGAGCUGGAGGCCGAGUUCGGCAAGCUCGGGCGCUGGCUGGAUGGGGAGGGAGCGGCGCGGCUGCAGGAGAUGGGUGCUGAGGAGUGGAGCCCCGACAGCUUCGAGAAGUCCUUCGAGCGCUUUAACAAGUUCCUCCGUCAGGCAACGGCUCAGUACCGGCACGGCCUGGCCCUGUGUCAGGAGGCGGCUGAGGUCCAGGAUUCGGUGUUCCCCGAGGCAGACCCCUUCCAGGUGGCCGCAGCCCUUUUCCAGACGAAGCUGGUGAGCUUCUACAGGCACGUGGAGCGGCGGCAGGCGGAGCUGGAGAUGCUGCGCGAGCUCUGCAGGUUCUCCAGCAAGAUCACGUGGCUGAACGUGGGCUGCAGGCAGUGCUCAGCACGGGUGAAGCACGGGGGGAGCCCAGCAGGGUGCCCCGAGGCUCUGCAGUGCCUGGAGAGCUCCUUCCAGAAGCUGUCGGUGGAGUUCUCCAUGGAGAAGCUGCAGGAGAUGCAGGCGCAGGUGCGCAGGAUGCAGAGCAGCAGCGGGCUGGGAGCCUGGACCGAGGCAUGGCACAAGUACCAGGAGACCCGGCAGAUCCUUGAGGAGAUGCUGGCAGAGCUGCGGGAGGCCUGGGGAGCACAGGCUGACGGGCAGGGGGGCGUCCCCAGCUCCCCCGGCUCCUCGGGGUCUGCAGCCCCAGCCCACCCCGCAGCUCCCAGCCCUGAGCAAGCUGUGGCCAACGGAGCGGUGCAGGACUCGGGGCAGCCCACAGCCAGCAGCACUCCUAGCCCUGCUGUGGGCACGGAGCCACGUGAGGCCGCCUGCUCAACGCCGAAAUCCCCGCAGCCACGCUGCGACGGGGUGCAGGAGGGCGCACGCAUGGCAAAGCACUGCGGGGCGGCCGGCGGCUCCCUCCCAAAAUGCGACGGCGGAGCCCGGCAGGGGACUGGAGGAAACCCGUCCCAGGAGCGCAGCCCCCCCCGUCAGGCGCAUCCCUCCACGCCUCCUCCCCAGGCGGGUUUUCUGGGUGCUGCCCGCUUGUGUCCCCCCCUUCCAAGCAAGCCCCUGGGGCGUGGGACGGCGGCAGCCCCCAGCACGCGAGGCCAGCCGGCGGCUCAGAGGGCGGACACCACCCAGUACUUCCAGGUUUCCAGCCACAGCAGUUUCUCCUCCGAAGACUCGGACUCACAGACCUCCACUGAGGAAGCCCCAGCGGCGAGCCUGGCUGUGCCCCGGGAGCUGCCGAGCCCCCGGCUGCCCGCGCCUCUGAAAAGCCCCCCCCAGAUUGUUUACCUGGAAAACCACCGCACCGAGGGGCUGAGCAAAGCGAACGCCAAGUAAAAGCAGCCCCUUCCCGUCCGGGCUGCCUCUGUCUUUGGAUAUCUCGAUCCCUGACUGGGGCACCCCCUGCUUGGAGCUGGGGCACCGGGAUGCACUGCCCAACGCAAGGUCUCAGAUCCUUCCUUUUUUUUUUU